AUGCUAUGCGUCCUCCUUCUUCUGCAGUGUGCGUGUGCCGUGUGGGGUGACUACCUGAUCCAGAGCAUCCGGGGUGAAGUGGAGGCCGGCAACUACACCUACUACAAGCUGCAGUGGGACGGGCCGGUUACUGUCAUUUUGGAGACGCUGCGUGGCGACGCCGACCUGUACGUGUCCGAGACGCACCUGAAGCCCAGCUUCGAGCCGGACCAGUUCGACUUCAGCUCGGCCACCUGCGGACUCGACUCGGUGGACAUCCCCAGGGGGUGUCCCCGUCCGCUGGGCGUCUCGGUGUACGGUCACCCGUCGGCGACGCUCUCCUCGUACGAGCUGCGCCUGGUGUUCAGGCACCCGGACUACCUGGACCAGUUCACGCUUCGCGAGCACAACGACACUGAGGACGAGCUGCUGCGGGCGCUGCGGGACCGCACUGGCCACUCCGAGACGCACGAGGAGUUUCGUCUGCUGGAUUUGAUAUGGACUUUCGUGGAGGUGUUUUUGGAAGUGCUGCUGUUAUAG